UAUUUUGCAUUGGAUCCUUCGCCAAAUAUGCAUAUCAAAACAUGCACUUCUCUCUCUCUCUCUCUCAUCCAAAACGUAGUUGGAAAAGCUAACCUCCAAAGUGUCUGAAAAGAUGGUGAGUUUCAUGAUCAUUAAAUCCUUGACACACACCAUUCCUAGCUAGAUCAUCCACAUCUCUCUCUCUCUCUCACACACACACACACACAUCUAGAUAUAUAUCAGACGUCUCUAGCUUUUUAGGUACGUUUAUUGUUCUCAUUGUCCCCCUUUAUUAAUGGCUAUGCCUAACUCUGGGAAGGAUCUAAAUCCCAUGGAAAUCAAUUCUCUAUCAAGACCCGCGUUGGAAAUUCAAAAUGGUGAUGAUCAACUUCAAGAACAAGAACAUGAAGAAGAAGAAUCAAGAAAAGAAUUACUACUACAAAAGGAUAUUCACGAGAAAGGUAACGAUGAUCAGUUAGAAAUUUCUUGCUUGGAGUUCAUCAAAAGGCCAUCUCUAGGUGAAUUCGAAGACGACGAGGAGGAGGAGGAGGAGAAUGAUGGGUUUCGAACUCCAACAUGUUUGGAUCAAAGCGCCCCAUUGAUCCCCGAGUGCCCACCAGCACCAAGAAAGCCCAAGUCACUUCCACUCACCAAGAAAAGAAAAGCGGCGAGCCGCCCAAUUCUACUGGAUCUGUCCGAUGAGGUUGAAUCAUUGUUUCCUCCACCUCUACUCGCGGAUCUUGGAAGUAAGAUCAAGAAAGUGAAAAUAAUGAAUAAUGUAACCUAAUAAUAUUGAUGUACGUACGUUUUGUAUUUUUUAUGGUUUGUGAAUCAAAUUAU